AUGUUCCAAACCCAAGUCCCCCGCUUCCCUUCCUUCCCCAAGAAACACUCACCGGGCCCCGUCCGCUACGACGUCGUCGCCCGUUCCUUCGACGACGCCAUCCUCCGUCGUCUCAAGGCCUUGAAUCAACCAGCGUCCACGCCCAUCGGCUUGCCCUGGCUCUCCCUGGCCCUCGACUUCCUCUCCUUUGCGCACACCGAGGCGCGCACACUCGUUUCCGAUCUCCCCCUGUCACCCGAUUCCGAUGACUCGCUUGCCGGCUAUUUGGACGGCGCUCUCAAGCUCUUGGAUCUCUGCAAUUCCAUCUCCUCCCUCAUUGAACGCUUGCGCCUCCGUCGCCUCUCUCUCAACUUCGUUCUUCAACUUCUGUCUCCCUCCGAUUCCGGUUUCCCCGCGCCGGAGAAGCUUAGGCGGGUGCGAGAUUUGCUCUCCGACUCGGACAAGCCUUCCUUGGGCCUCGACAAACGGGGUUUUCGGAGCAAUCCCGAGGAUUUGAUCCGAGAUCUGGCUUUGGGCCUCGGCGACGCACCACGCGGGAAGAUCUCGUCCGCCAAUAAGCUCUUGCGCCGCACGAUCCACGCCCUCGGGUUACUGACUGUGUUUUUCGGCAGCGUCCUGGUCUCGGCUCUGUACGGAUCGCCGAAGAUAGCCGCGGUCCGAGUCCCUGCCGAGUUUUCGUGGGCCGACUCGUUCAACGCGCUCGAGGCGGCUGUUUCUACGGAGUUGACUCGGCGAUUCCUUGUCCAUGAAUUGGAUGACGUGGGGACACGUACAAGGGAGGUGCGGGAGGUGAUCGAUGACAUGGCGAGGCUGGACGAGGACAAGGGGAGGGAGAGGGUAAACGCCGCCGUGAGUGAGCUGAAGAGGGCGACGGAGGUUUUCUCGGAGGGAUUGGACCGUUUGAGUAACGGCGUGAACGGAAUGUUUGAUACGGUUUUGUGUAGUAGGAGCGGCAUGUUAGAUAACGUUAGAGUGGGGCAGAGGAAAGAGAAGCAACAGCCAAAAUGA